AUGGCUUCUGAAAAGAAAGCCAUGGCCGAACAUGUCGAGAAAGAGACCUCGAUCGACCAUGCAUCCCACUCCGAGGUCGACCAGACCGACCUCAAGACAAGCAAUGAAGCCCACGCAGCAAUCGAAAAAGAACACAACAUGACCCCCUUGCAAGCCGUGAAAAUCUACCCCAAAGCAGUUGGCUGGUCCCUCCUCCUAUCCUGCGCCAUCAUCAUGGAAGGCUACGAUGUAGUCCUUCUAAACUCAUUCCUCGGCUUCCCCGCCUUCAACGAGAAAUACGGAAACCUCAUGUCGGACGGGACCUACGGUCUAACCGCAUCCUGGCAAGCAGGCCUAAACAAUGCCAUGGCCUGCGGUCAGAUCAUAGGUCUCUUCCUCAACGGUAUCGUCUCCGAACGCUACGGCUACCGCAAAACCCUCAUGGCCUGCCUCGCAUCAACAGUCGGCUUCGUCUUCAUCCUCUUCUUCGCACCAAACAUCUCAACCCUGGUCGCCGGGGAACUCCUCAUGGGUAUUCCCCUUGGCGUUUACCAAACCCUUACCGUAACCUACGCCUCUGAAGUCUGCCCAGUCGCUCUGCGCGCCUAUCUGACCACAUACGUCAACCUCUGCUGGGUUUUCGGUCAGCUCAUUGCCAGCGGCGUCCUGAAAGGCCUAGCAACACGUACGGACCAAUGGGCCUACCGCAUCCCGUUCGCCAUCCAAUGGGUAUGGCCCGUUCCAAUUUUCAUCGGUGUAUACCUCGCACCUGAGAGUCCAUGGUGGCUGGUCCGCAAGGACAGACGCGAAGACGCAGUCAAGUCCCUGAAGCGUCUCACAAAAGCAAACAGUCCUGGUUUCAGUGCCGAGGAAACAGCCUCAAUGAUCAUCUACACCGAUGCUCUCGAGAAGCGCGUCGAGACUGGUACCUCGUACCUAGACUGUUUCAAAGGUAUUGACCGCCGCCGCACGGAAAUCGCAUGCUGCGUCUGGGCCGCGCAGAGUCUCUGCGGUGCAGGACUAAUGGGCUACUCAACGGUCUUUUACCAGCGUGCCGGACUGGCAGUUUCGCAAUCAUUCACAAUGUCCCUGGUACAAUAUGCCAUCGGAGUGAUUGGAACACUCAGUUCAUGGAUCUUGAUGACCUACUUCGGUCGACGAACCCUCUACGUAGGCGGACUAUUUCUGCUUGCAAUUGUCCUACUGGUAAUCGGCUUUGUAUCAAUUGCACCAUCAACAUCAGCGAUAUCCUGGGCGACGGGCUCAAUGCUGCUCGUUUAUACAUUCAUUUACGACUCGACUGUUGGACCAGUUUGUUUCUCGCUUGUGUCUGAGAUGCCGUCGUCUAGACUGCGGACGAAGUCGAUUGUUUUGGCGAGGAAUGUUUAUAACAUUUUCAAUCUUGUUACUGGAAUUAUUAUUCCUUACAUGCUUAAUGUUGAUGCUUGGAAUUGGAGGGGGAAGUCUGGUUUCUUCUGGGGUGCGCUUUGUAUUAUUUGUCUUGUUUGGGCUUUCUUUAGGCUCCCUGAGCCUAAGGGUCGAUCUUAUGCUGAGUUGGAUAUUCUGUUUGAGAAUCGUGUUCCUACUAGGCAGUUUGCUACUGCUAAGACUGGAUUGGUUCAAGAGGAUUUUAAAGGGGAUGGGUCUGCAUGA